UGUUACGGUUGAUGUCAUGUGGUUGAUUUUUUUAUCAUCUGAUCAUUUGUUAUAAAUAAACAACAUCUGCUAUUCAUAUACACCAAAAGGCAGUUGCAGAUUUAUUCUUUUUUGGAAAAUGAGUAACCAGUUAAGGGCUUCAGAGCUUUUGCGGCAGGCAGCAAAUCUUUUGGUUUCGGAAAAUUCAUCAACUACUUGUUCUGAAUCACAAUCAACUCCAUCAGUGACAACAGCAACAUCUAUUGGUUCGACUACAUCCAACAGAAACCACUCUGCAGAGCUUCGUGCUGCCACUAGGGCACUGUUUGCCCCUUACAACAGAGGGACCCGCAGGCGAGGAAAUGCAACAGGGCCACCAGUAACAUAUUGGACUCAUAGAUUUUGUCUAUUGUCAAAUGUUUGCAGGAUACAGUUCCUUCACGGGAAGAAAAAGCCCUGCUGUUUCAGGCAGGUGUUGGUGAGAAGAAAUUGACCAUCAUCAAAACAUACAAUGCAGAUUUGUUUAAACAAAAGCUAGAGGAGGCAUUUCCACCCAUUAUCAAUUGUGGUGGAUUUGAAUUACUAAGAACUUGUGGGAACUCCAAAUACACGUUGCAGCCAUUGCCAAUUCCCCCAGGAGGGUAUACCACAAAAUAUCUUUGUGAUGAAAGUUCUCUAGGACAGGCAGUUUGCUACAUCAGGCCAAUACAGAAAGACCUUGAUAUAAAUCUAUGCUCCUCACAGGUUGAUACUGAUGAUCAAACAACAGAGAUGUGUUUGAGGUGUGGCAAAAGUAUUCCUCUUCAACGUCUUCGCCUCCAUAUUGAUGCUUGUGGGACUGAUGAGGUAGAUGCACCCAGUGCAAAGAUGAGCCAGGGACAGAUUCCAGUCUGCAAAUUUGCAUGUCAGUACAGAGCUGUGUCCUAUAUGCCAUGAUGAGUUCCCUGUCAGCACCAUAGAAGAGCAUGCUGCAAGUUGUUGUGAGAACCAGCUGUCUAAUCCCACCCUUGCUAGGACUCGUGAUGCAGUAUUGGAUGCCAUAGCAGCGAAGGUUGGAGACAGUAAUGAAAACUGGCUAAUCAAUGUUGUGAGGAGAAAUUUCUUUAAAACAACAUUUGAAGAACUAUCGGAUGCUUUGACAAUUGACUGGGAAAAACCUAUAAAAAUUCCAUUUAUAGGAGAAGAAGGCUUAGAUGCAGGUGGCUUAACCAGGGAGUUUUUCAGCUUGUUGUUUAGGAACAAUGACCUUUUUGAAAAUGGGUCAUUCAGAUUAGAUUCAGGCCUACUUGAAAAGAAGACCUAUGAAACAAUGGGAAGAGCUACUGCACGUGCCAUCCUCGCAGGACACCCAGGCCCAAAAUGUUUUAAUCCAUUGCUGGCCAGGUUCAUUUGUACUGGUGAAGAACCAGAUCUAGCAGAUAUACCAGAUGAAUAUGUUGGAAGGCCUGAUGUGUUAGCAGCCAUACAAGAGAUCUCAACAGACAGUACGGGAUCUGGAGACCUUGUUCAAAGACAUGGUGAUCUGCUGGAGCAGGCGGGCUUUAGAAAAGUUUUGUCAUCAUCAACUACCAGUGAAGCUGUACAUGCUCUGAAACGGCACUUCACCUUUUAUCAUGUGAUUGGACCACUUCUUCAAUUCAGACAAGGUUUGAAACUUCUUGGUGUUCAAACUGCCAUCCAGGGACAUGCUGAGGAGAGUAUAAAGUUCUUUACCACAUCUCCAGUUAGUGCGUCGGAUGUACAAAGUUUCUUCAAACCGACUUACACACCAGAUAGCGAAUUGAAGCCAAGGGAAGAAAUGAUCAUGUAUAACUUUGGGAAAUUCUUAAAGAAAGCGGAACGCGGAACACUGUCCACACCAUGGAUUGAUAUUUACGAUGGAGUUAAGACACAGGUGGUGAUUAACACUGGACAUGUUCUUCAGGCUCUCAUAGGAUGUGAAACACUUCCACGAAAUAUAGAAUGUGGAUUGGUUGAAUUUAGCCACACAUCGAAUAAUUUAACAACUGUCAACACAUGUGCACCUUCAAUUAUGUUCUCACAGACUGCUCGUAUUCAGGAGUACGAGACUUUUGAAAAGCACUUUUUGAGCCUUAUUGUUGAUGCUGUUGGUUUUGGAAUUGCGUAAUGUUGUAUGACCAAAGUAAAGAGAUCUUUAAAGAAUAGAACAAAGUUCAUUUGCUAGCCAUGUUUUUACCAUACUAUGUCAUUUUGCCAAAGAUGGCUAGAUUUGAACAGAUUUUGUAAAAAUGUUCCUUAGAUUACCACCCCAAGAUAGCUCAAAUGAUUUGGGUUAAAAAAAACAACAGUCUUCAUUGGGAUGGCCCCAUUUUUAUGCUUUUUAAAGGAGGGCAGCAUAUAGUCGCCGCUUUGUACCUUUGCAUGUCUGUCUGCCCGUCUGUCAUACCCUUUUCGAGUAAAUAACUUCGAAACUAGGUAUUGGAUUAAAAUGAAACUUGAUAAAUAGGUAGAUGACAAUGUGAGUAAGUGCACUGCACAAGAAUCAUGCAAAUUUAUAAAGUUGGUGCUUGUUGAGGCCAUAUCUUGAUAUGUACUAAAGGGAUUCAAAUGAAACUUGGUAUAGAUGGCAAUGACAGGAAGUGCAGUGCACAAGAAUAUUAAUUUUGCCCAGCAUAUAUAUUUAUUUAUCCCUUUAACAAUUGCUGUUCUUUUAUUUCAUUGCUUGAAAUAUACUUUAAAAUUAAAUUCUCAAACCUGCCAAUAUUUUUGCAUGUUAUUAUUUUUUUUCAACUUGUGUAUAAUGCUGCUACAACAAUUCAUCUGAUACCCAGUGCAUUGUAUUACAAUGUGUGCCGUAUCAUAGAACAGUUUGGGAGGCAUCCAUCGCUUUUAGCGAUACUCUUGUUUAUUAUAUGUAAACUGUAGAAAUUAUUUCCAUGUAGACUGGACCACAUCUUUUAUACAUUCGAAGAUGCUUUACCUAGCUGAGAAAUAAUCAAGAAAUAGAUUGCAAUGAUCUAUCUAUAGCAUUAUUUUGAAUAUGUGGCAAAUUGUUUAUUGUGAGUGCCUCAGUUUUCUAGAGACAGUUGUUGUUAAGAUGAUGUUUUCUCUUGUAUCUAUACCAAGUUGUAAUCAAAGACCUUUCAUGGCAUAUUUUAAAAACAAAUCAAUCAUCAAUAUGGCACAUGUAGAACUGCCAUUUUAUAAAUUAUACAUUUAGAACAAAAACUGAUUUUUCAAAUUACCACUGAGAGGUCAAUAUUUUACCAUAUGGACUGUAAUUUGUGUGACAGCCAUGAAUUUUCACUAAUAAAGACAUCAUUUUUGGACUUCACCUAUGACCUUUAAGUAAGGUCAAUACAAUAAAAUUGAGGUUUUCUUUUUUGCCUAAUCCUUUUGUAAACAUAUUUUAAGAAUUAUUCUAGAAUGAAUAAGGCUAACAGAGUAUUUUUCUGCUCUCAUGGAGCAAUAUGAAACAGUUCUUUCAGAUUGCAUUGUUCUAUGAUAUAUUAAAUGUUGUAUUUCAUAAAAACAAUAUUUGUAUAAAUACAUCCUUAUCCUGUAUUUAUAUGUUAUUACAAUCUAUGUUUUCUUGAACAAUGAUGCAACUAAAUGAUAUCAUGGGUCAUGUAAUACAGAACUGUUAUGCACAAUAUACAUUUUAUACAUAAUGCAGAAAACAAAUCUUAUCCGAGACAUUAUGGAUAUGGAUUAGGCUUCUCUCAGCCGUGCUCUUGUUCAUGAAACAUCAUUGUCAGCAAGUGCACUACACAAUUUACUUUUAAUAUAAAAAAACAACACAUACAUGUACUUAUUGUUUUUUAUAACUGCAUACAAAACAUUGCAUAUAGCCCUCCUUCAC